CUCUUGUUUCACAAGAACAAGAGCUCACACACACGCCCCAAACUACGCUCUAUAAUGUUAAAAUCCCACAAUUUUCUCCAAAUCUAAAAAUAUUUUUUUUCUUUUUCACAAUUCUUUGUAAAAAUUGCCCCAAUUCUUUGAUUUCAAUUUUUAUUAGAAAGUAAUUUCAAUCCCUAAAUUAAAAAAAAAGAAAGAAAUAGAAACUUAUAAAAAAGGAAAGCGAAAGGAAAUUAUUUUUUUUAUUUUUUUUGUUUUCUAGGGUUAGGGUUCUUGAUCAGUCUCAGAGAGAGAGAGAGAGAGGCGAUAUGGAUGCGAAAGGCGAUUCGAGUGAGUCGCGAAUAGGUGGCAAUGGAGGAGAAGAAGAGGGGGUGAUGAUUAACAUCCGCUGCUCAAACGGUACAAAGUUUACGGUGAGGACCAGCCUCGAAUCAACUGUUGGAUCUUUCAAAGCUGUUUUGGCUCAGAAUUGUGAUGUCCCCGCUACCCAGCAACGAUUGAUUUAUAAAGGGCGAAUCUUGAAGGACGACCAAACCCUUCAAAGUUAUGGUUUGCAAGCUGAUCAUACCGUCCACAUGGUUCGUGGUUUUGCCCCAUCUUCACCUACGCCACCUCCUGCAGCUAGCACAAAUGUUGCAACUCCUAAUACUUCACCAGGGGUGACACGAGGUGUUGGUUCUAAUGAUGGUGCUGGUCUGGGAGCAUCCUUAUUCGCUGGACUUAAUCCACUAGGUGGCAGUGGAGGUUUUGAUUUGUUUGGAUCUGGACUUCGUGAAUUUGAACAAGUACAGCAACAACUAACUCAAAAUCCCAAUGUGAUGAUGGAACUAAUGAAUACACCUGCUAUUCGAAGUUUGAUGAAUAACCCAGAGUUGAUGCGCAGUUUGAUUAUGAGCAAUCCCCAAAUGCGUGAGAUUAUUGAUCGGAAUCCAGAGCUUGGGCAUGUACUUAAUGAUCCAAGCAUUCUUCGGCAGACAUUAGAAGCUGCAAGAAACCCUGAACUCAUGCGUGAAAUGAUGCGAAACACUGACAGGGCAAUGAGUAAUAUUGAAUCCUCUCCUGAGGGAUUUAACAUGCUUAGGCGUAUGUAUGAAAAUGUUCAGGAGCCCUUUUUGAAUGCUACGACUAUGGCUGGAAAUAAUGGAAAUAGUCUGGGUUCAAACCCAUUCGCAGCUCUAUUGGGCAAUCAAGGUGGUUCUCCAGCUAGGGACUCACCCAACAACACUUCUACAACUGGUUCUGAAACCACUCAGGGACAAACUUCCCCAAACACAAAUCCUCUUCCUAACCCUUGGAGCAACACCGUUGGUGGUGGGGGGACCGAGACCAAUACUACUGCAAGGUCAAAUCCUGCUGCAAAUGUCCAGACACCAGGUAUUGGUGGUCUUGGAGGCCUUGGACUGCCAGAUAUGCCACCCGUGUUGAAUGGAAUGCCAGAUGCUUCUCAGUUGACUCAAUUGUUGCAAAACCCAGCUAUAUCACAGAUGAUGCAUAGCAUGACGUCUAAUCCCCAAUAUAUGAAUCAGAUUAUGAAUCUCUACCCCCAACUACGAAUUAUGUUUGAUUUGAAUCCUCAAUUGAGAGAAAUGAUGCAAAACCCAGAGGCACUUCGUCAGAUGUUUUCCCCUGAGACAAUGCAGCAAAUGCUAGCUUUACAGCAGUCACUUCUGUCUCAGCUCAAUGGACAGCAAUCAACCCAGGAUUCAGCACAGACUGGCGCUACUACAGGGGCACCAGGUACCGCUGGUCUGGAGUUGUUGAUGAAUAUGUUUGGUGGUCUAGGUGCUGGUAGCCUGAGUGUUCCUAACCAACCUGAUGUUCCCCCAGAAGAGCUGUAUGCUACACAGUUAUCACAACUCCAAGAAAUGGGUUUCUCUGAUACACAAGAGAAUAUCAGAGCACUACGUGCUACUGCUGGAAAUAUCCAUGCUGCGGUUGAGAGACUUUUGGGAAAUUCCGGGCAGUAAUUCCUCAAAAUUUUAUGCUUUAGAAUUCGACCAACUCUCAUGUAAGACAUGUAAGAUUAGUUGAUUUCGACUGGUGCCUUAGCAAACCACAGAUUAUGGGCAUACAACAUAUAUGCUGAUUCCUUGUUUCGGGCAUGUUGAAUAAGCAGGUAAACACGAUGAUAUACCCCCGAGAACUUGUUGAUAUAUGCUUUAUGCAUACUUGGAUGAUCAUUUCAUCUUUAAAUCACGCACUUGCUUAUGUACAUACAGUUCGGAUUAUUUUUUUUCUAUUUUUAAGAACUUAAGAGGAUGCUUCUGGCAUUGUGGUU